CAGUGGCAAACGCACAAUGAAGCCGAACGAUAUAAACAUUCCCCAGUACGUACAAGACGGAAUCAGAAAAGUGGCAAAAACUCUGCAGUUUAGUGAUCGGUUUACGGUGGACUAUGACUUCCGGAGCGAUGGAAACUACGGUUCAACGUCCGUAUCCGUUCGGUAUCAAAUUAUUCUAAGGGAAGAUCCGCGCGAGUUGACAUUGCUAUGCAAGGUACCGCCUCCGGAUGGCGACGAUACACUUCUGGCACUGUUCGAACGGGAAGUGUUCAUCUACCAGCAGCUGUUGCCAACUUUCGAACAGUUCCAACAGGAGCGUGACAUUGCACCCACAUCGACGGGAUUUGCGUUUGCGCCAACUUGUUACUACGCCUACUAUGAUCCGAAGCGACGCGAGGGAAUACUGAUUAUGGAAGAUACUGAACGACGAAUGUUCGGCAACAGAAACAAGUACGAGCCAAUCGAUUAUGAUCAUGGACGCUUGGCUAUGAUUCAACUCGGAAGGUUUCACGCCGUUUCGUUGAUUAUGAAAGAGCAACAUCCAAAGGUGUUUGAACGGUUCCAACAACUGGAGGAUGUUACCAAGGACCAGGUGAUGUCAAUGGAGGGCUUCAAGGAAACAAUGGAACUCUCGUUCAAUCAUGCAGUUGGAACACUCAGUAUCCACGAAACGAAUAAAAAGGAUAAAUUGAUUAGGUUGAAGGAUUCGUUUGUGGAAGAAUUGAAAACGAUCGCGGACAGUGAGUUGUCCGAACCGUUCUGCGUUAUCUGCCAUGGGGAUUACAGUAAGAGCAAUGUCAUGUAUAGUUACAAUGGUGGCUUUCCGAGUAAGUUAGUGAUGCUUGACUGGCAAUUGGCAAAAUACGGGUCUCCCGCGCUCGAUUUCUUACACUUUAUGUUUCUUAGUACGGAUGAAUCAUUUCGUCGAUUGCACUAUGAUAACAUGUUGCAAACCUACCAAAAUGCACUGAGAGACCAUAUGGAACGUCUAGGCGGUGACAAUGCGACGGAACGGUUCCCGCUAACCACGUUGAUGCGGUUGAUCCGUUCGCAAGCGAAAUAUGCGGUUAUACUGGCUGUGCUGCACAUUCCGUUAAUGAUUACCAGUGCCGGUGAGGAAAACGACGAUGACGACGACAUCAAGGAUGGGAAGGAAAACAAAGAGAACGGAACAAAUUGUAGGGAAACUCGAUCCUACGAUAACGUAUACCAAGCACGUAUGAAUGGUAUACUGAAGGACAUUUUUCGGCUGGGUUAUCUUUAAGAACAAUGAUCACUAAGUGUUCAACGUGUGUUACUUGACGCCUUCAUACUUUUGAUUGAAACCCGAUUUCUUUUUUCCGUUAAAUUAGUACCACAGAUUUGAAAAACCUCUUUAUAUUAUAAUACAUUUAUUGGGAACCCUAGCGAAACUCAGAACUCCGGACAACUCAGUUUAUCAAUAGAUCACAGUUUUGACAUGUGAUAAAAAAACAAAAAUUUCACUGUUGCGGAGAAACAACUCCAGUCGUAGUUUGACUGGUUUCCGUAUUUGGUCAACUAUAAAAUUUUUUGCAACAUAGAAUCGAGAUUUUGCUUCACAGAUUAUUUCUCCUCACAUCAAAUAAAGCACUAGACUGAAAUAAACUGCAAUUGUCUUUAAGUUAAAACUAAAAUUGAUUUGUUCAAACACUCGGAACACAAUCCAUGGAAAUCAGGAAGCGAGGGGCCAGCCAGAUAACAAUGCAGCGAAACAGAGUAAAAGCAAUUCAGUUUAGAAUUUUGAAAAACAUCUGGAAAUUCUUCCAGUUGUGCCCUACAAAUGAAUAACUUUUCCUCCAGAUAUCUGUUUAAGGCCGCAGCAUCAUCCUUACUCAACGCAUAUCUAGAAUACAAAAGGCGAGGAAAAUUGCAUUCAGUGCAGAUAGCAAUCAUUCGUGUACGGGAAAUGUGGAAAUGAAGGUUUUGGUAAAGCUGCCUCAAUAAACGCAGUUUUACUUUUUUUUUACUAGGUACAUGCCUAUCGUGUGGUUCUUGGAGACCAUAAACAGAUUCAAAGUCCUUAAAUUUGUCAUCAAUUGGUUCUGGUGAUGGCAUCCACAGUAUUUUAUCGAAAUCGAUCGUAUUCAUUCGCUUUUUCAGGUGAAACUUGCAUCAGUGAUCAGUACACUUUUUGAUUUGUAGAGCGUACGUUGUCUAUCUUACAUGUGAUUCGAAAAUACCUGUAACCUGUUGCUUAGAAAGAUUUUUAUCCAUUCUAAUUUCAUUCCAUAUAGUAGAUAAUCUGCGUAUCAGCGCAUUGGUGUCAUUUUCUUUUUUUAUGCGGUUUUUCUAUGCGACUUUUUCAUGCGAAUUUUCAGUUAUGCGGUUUUUUUAUGCGAAGUUUCAAAGUUAUGCGGUUUUUCUUUGUGCAAAGUUUCAGAGUUAUGCGGUUUUUUAUGCGAAUUUUCAGAGUUAUGCGGUACGUAAACUCGCAUAAAGAAAGACUUCAGUGUAUUACUUUAUUUCCGUUAUACUUUAAGGACUCAAAUCAUUUUUUUAACAAGCUUCGAGCAUCUUCAGUUCCAUCCAAAGCCAUUUUUCUAUAUUCGACAUUUUCUCUCCUAUACUGAACAAUUUUGGUUAACUGAUAAAAAAAAAAUCAAUGUAA